AUCAUAAAUACGUAAUAAAACAGCUGUUAGUUACACGGAGUGGCUUUUGAAUGUGUUUGGGGUGUAUCGGUGUACUCCACAGCCGUGCUGACAAGGUACUUGAGGGGUGAACGAGUGCAUGCAGAUCCUUUCCGGAGAAAAAGCAACAAAACAUAUUCCUGUCCGGUUAUUAUAUAGUAUCAGUGUGUAUCCCACUAAACACCUCUCCUGGAAGUCUUUGUUGUUCGGUCGGUACUGUUUAUCGCUUGGAUUUAUAACGCCGAAAUGUAUAUUGACUUUAUAGAUUUUCAUACAAGGAAACAAUGGAAAUACCCAAUAACAUAACGACGGUAUGCAGUACAAAGAUCGAUGGUCUCCAGAUAAUGGCUACUGCAGUGAACAAGAAUAUACGAUAACUGAAUCCCUGAUACUUCCUCGGCCUGCGUAUGAAAUGGGGGGUUGUGCGCAUGCUUGGACAGACGACUCCUCGAUGUUUCCGGUAACUAAUGUUUCCCCCGCCGCCCCAAACAUGACGAACGUUAUUCUACAAACCCAGGAGGGGGACAAGCGCGUUCCUCCUUCGUAUGCAGAACACAUGCAGCGGACUAGAAGCAGGUCAUUAAGUGCACCUCAAAUGAACUGUAGUGAUGACGUCACAUGUCAUAAUACCUCACAGCAAAUACAAUCUUCUGCAACUAUGCUUAAUGAUAUAAUGGAUUGCAUUUCGGAAGAUGGACAGUCCAGCAACGUUCCGGUAUUGAACGUUUCAAGCUACGACGAUUCUCACUUGCGGCAGCUAGCAUCACUUCUAGCAGGCGGUGGACAGGUGCAGUUGUGGCAAUUUCUCUUGGAACUAUUGACAGAUGGAGCGAACGACUGUUGCAUAAAGUGGGAGGGGCCUAACGGCGAGUUCCGCAUGACUGAUCCAGAGGAAGUUGCCAAGCGGUGGGGAAGUCGUAAAAACAAGCCUUCCAUGAAUUACGACAAAUUGAGCAGAGCUUUAAGGUACUACUACGACAAAAUGAUACUUACAAAGGUCCAAGGGAAAAGAUACACUUAUAAGUUCAACUUCAAAAUGAUUCUGGAAUCAAACAAGGCAAUAUCUGGAUCAGUUCCAACAUCCAUAGACUGGAAUUCCCGUAUUGGAAUGGGAAGUCGAUUCCUACAUCACAUGCAGUUCCGGGAUUCGGUCUCCUCCUUCUUGCCAAUUGAGCGGUACGUACAAGUUUCAUCUCGGUUUGAUCGCGGCUCACCGUAUCCGGUUACAGGAUUCAGGCCAAGAUAUCCGCAGAUGGUACAAUCGGAAGAAGAUAGCUUACCGCCGUCAGAAAUAUCCCAAUACUCAUCGGAUGGACAGGAAUCACCCACUGCUUCAGUUUCCUCACACUCUCAGCUCCAAAGACCACCGGCGUACGUCACAUUACAGUCUGAAAAUGAGUAUCGUCCGACCUGCGACUGCUAUCCGGCCUGUCUUUCCAGACAGAACACGAUGCCUUACGGUAACUAUUAGCAACUACUGGUGUCCACAAAAAAGCAUAUUGCCUUUGACAUAUUUAAUAUCAUGGGAAUUCUAUGCGGUGUUACAAGGAGGAAAAUUACCAUCAGUGUACAUUUGCCAUUGAAUUUUCCUACCAAUUCCAUGUCAAUUAAAUAUGCAUCAAGUCUUGAUCAGCUUCAUUUGUCACAAUCAUAUAGACUGAUACGCAUCACUGAUAAUGUUAAAUCGAUAAAAUACGCCCCUUUUUAUGCCAAGAGUGUUUCGUAAAAUAAGCAUACAUUUCCUUUGGAAAUUUGUAGCAUCAUUAACAUCGAUAGAAUACUUUGCAGCGAGUAAUGCCUAAUGGGCAAAAAAUGAUAAAAAAAAAACUUGUUUUAAUCAAUACAGAUUAUUUCAAAACAGAAUAUAGAGUUUCCUUUUCUAAAAUGUCAAAACAUCAGCUGAACAAGUAAUGUGAACGAUUAAGAUGCACAUAUGACUAUAUAUUAAUAGUUUACCAAUUUCCUUCAGGCUUUUGUUUUUGUUUUCGUGUUUUUGUGAUUAGAGUUAUGAUUAUGGGACCCGUCAACUAGUUCGGACGAAAUUGCCAAGCCAUGAUGAAUAAUCUAUUAAGGCAUUUGUUUUAAUAUAUACUUAUGAAUAUGCUAAUAACAUAGUAAUAUGUUAAAACGUUAAUAGUGAUGCGUACUAAUGGCUAUUUCCCCAAUAUUUCUUCUUUACUCAGAAUGGAAACAUUACUUAAAUUAUCAAUAACGUUUUGAUAAGAUAUUUCUCCAUGAAACAUCAAUAAGUUUCAAUUACCUUUAAAGAACUGUAUCCGCGAACAUUCGACAGGAAGGCUAUUUUGAUAAAAUAUUCCGUCAUACUCCCAAUCAGUUUCUAUAAGUACCAAACAACACAGCGGUAUGCAGAUAGUUGUUGUUUCCUUAAGUAAGGUAAUGGCAUUUUUGCCCACUACUAGAUAAGUAAUAUUUAUUCUAGAAGAGAAAGAAGCACAAAUGAAUUCUGCAUGUAUUGCUAUUUUCGUAGCUUAUUUGAUAUUGCAGUACCAAAGCUAAUUUUCUGCUACAAUGUGACUCAUGCAUGCAAAGUUCCAUCAUCGUGAACUCAAACAUAACUGAAAACUGAUUACGUGCAUAUUUAUACAACAGUGGAUGAUUCAGAAAAUAUUUAGAUUCGUGUUUAUACAAUGUAGAGAUUUGAAAACAAUAACGAAGAAUAUUUGUUUUCAGAUAUGAGGAAAUUUGCUUCUGACAAAUUCCUCAUGCUAUCAAUUAAUACAGAAUUACUAAACCUGUCAUAAAAUAUCUAGUGAUAUAUGCAGUCACUCACAAUCAAGUAAUUACAUAGUGUGGUAAGAAUGUCUUCUAAGCUGUCCAUACAGAGUUCUGUUGACGUAAAUAUUAUAGCGGUAAUAUCAUUUCAGUGAUUCGUGCACUGGAAGAGUUUCGCUAAAUUUUGUUUGCGCUAUUGUUAGUUUAUCUACAACAGUUUAUAUGACUAGCAUUGUUGGUUCACUGAUUUAUCAUUCCGCUAUUCCGUUUUUCUUUUGCGUUGAAAUUUGAGCACGGCAUUUUGAUUUAAAACAGUAAUAAAGUCGAUUAUGACUGUAAUAUAUUAACAACAUAGCUACCUUGUGUUUUGAUCCUCAUUAGGGAUAUACUUAAUGCAGAUUAUGAUACAUGAUUCCUUUAUGUGUUUUAGAAGUUAUCCAUUGUAUACAAUGGACUGAUUGUCGGAAAUAUUUACUAGCGGUUCUUAUGACUAAUAUGACGCCGUAAUAAUGAAUACUACGUACAUAUAAUGUAAACAAAAAAGUACAUAUUUAAGUGAUUAUCUUAUAUUUACUAUUGUUGUUUUAAAUACAUUCCGAACAAUAUGUAUACGCUAAUUAAUUGAUGUUUUAGGAGUUCCAUUUCAUAUUUGAAAAAUCAGAUGCAAAAAUAUAACGCUAAAAAAUAUAGUUUACAGUAUACUGUGGGGUUGAUAAUGUACCUAUUUAUAAUGCUUUUGAAUACCGAGAAUAAUUAACGAGGAAUAAUUUUCCUAUUAUACAAGCGGAAUAAAUGUAGUUUUAUCAAACAUAUAUAUGUUUUGUCUAUGAAAUGUACACGUUUCGAUGUUGUCUUGUGCAGUUUGCGUUCGACAUCUUAAUUGCUAUUAUGAUUCAAAAAUAUAUUACAGCUUUUUUUACAGUGAUUAACUGAUUAAUUCGAAAUGCAUUGAAUUGAUGGUUUGGGAUUGCGGCCAGUAAUUUGUAUGAUAAAAAUCAUCCACAUCUUCUAUUUUAUACACAUGUAGAUAAUAUAUUUUUAUACAAUUUUCGUGGAAGUUACGUAUUGUUUUUUCCGUUAUUCACGCAAAUGAAUUCAUAAAGAAGUAGUAUAUGAGUAUGGAAAAAUAAUCUAUUACAAGUCACGUAUCACAUUUUGAUAAUAUCAAUUGCUAAAAUUGGCCAUAACAACAAAACAUGUUGCUAGGUUUGCAACAGCAAUAUGUGUUAUUUGUUAAUUGAACUUUUUUCGUCAAAUAUGUUUCAAAAUCAUAAUAUUUUAGCUGCUCAAUAUUGACUUAGAAUAUAUGAUGUGACGUCAUUUGUUGUAGUUUUGAUUUGAUGUAUUUUUAAUAUGGUUUGCCACGGUUCGCAGUACAGUCAUCUUCGCACAUAAAUAAUGUACAAUGUGAAAGUGCUCUUCAAUACAAAUCAAGUGUUUGGUAUAACAGAGCAGGAAAUGAAUCAAACUGCAUCUUACAUCUGUUUUGUCCUUAUAGGACUCGACAGUGAUGUUAAGAACACCUUACAUCUAUUUUGUCCUUCUGGGACACGCCUGUGAUGUUAGGGAGAUAUUUCACUUAUUUUGUCCUUCUAGGACUCACCAGUUGUGUUAGGGCCACCUUACAUCUGUUUUGUCCUUCUUGGACUGAUCAGUGAUGUUAGGGACGCCUCAACUCUAUUUCGUCCUUCUAGGACUCGCCAGGUAUGCUUAAAUUCCUCGGAGACACCCGUAAAACUAAAAUAAAUUGGAAAAAAUUCAAAAUCUUUUCGGAGAUGUUUCAAAGACCAACAGUUACAUGUAUAUCAUCAAAUUUUUAUAUCGGUUUUAAAUAUAGCGUUUUGUUCCUGUGUAUAUUCGUUUUGAUAUAUUUAAACGUGUCAAUCAGAUUAAAGCAAACUCCGGGGACCUAAGUCCACUAGUAGAGCCAAAUUAUUAUGAAAAAGACUACCUUAUAUUCGAACAUAUUAUACAUCUUCGGGAUUCCUAAGAUUCUUUUUUCCCAAAUUCGUGAUUUUUGAUUCAUUAGACAGUGAUCAUAAUAAAGUUUAACUGUUUUGAUUUUCUUUUUCGAAUUUGACUGUAGAUGCUUUCAUUACACGAUGAGUGGUAUAAUAAGAAUGUAGUAUAUUCAAUUUUGUAACAUAUACAUUGAUCAGACCAGUUCAAACUUGUUUUUAUAGAUUUGUCAUAUGUCUUAAUCUACAUAUUUAUUUUGUAUGUUGACUAAUGUGAUACAAUGAACUUGUUUAUGUGACUUUAAAGCACGUUAACUGUAAUGUUUUUCUUAAUACCUUAACAUUUCACAAAACAAUGAAGAAAAAGAAAUGUAUUGUUCAUGUAAGUUAUCAAAUGUAUCUAACUUUGAUUUUAUUAUUUCUAUAUUCAAAAUUUUAAUUAAAUUUUUCUCCCCUAAUGAGCGAUGAUAAAAUAUCGCUUUAAAAUAUAAUUCUUUACCGAUAUAAAUAAUGAUAAAUUGUACUAGAAAAAUGGAUUUGAUAAUAAAAUGAAAACGUUUCUUGUAAUAUUUGCUUCAAGGCAUUUAACAAUGACGUGCAAUGAGGCAAACAUACAUACAAAGGGGACGCGUGUUUGGAAGGGUUGUAAAGCUACUAUUAUUACGUCAAUUAGCGAAUUGUUACCAAAAUACAAAAAAUCGAUAUAUGUUUUUCGAAUAAUUAUCAAUUUGGUGACAAAAACUCGUAACAAUCAAGAUAUAGUUACAAUCAAAACACACAAUGUGACCCGUCUCAAGAAAUAUUGUUUUAAGUUAAGUGCCACUGCACGUUUCCGAUUUAUUGUACUGGCAUUUCCUACCAACCAACUGUAUAAUAUGAAGCAAUUUCUGCCAGAAAGAACAAUGUAGUGUUACGAUAAUGGUGAUAGAUGAGUACAAUGUUUUAUGUUAAAUGAUUUUGAAAUGUCGCAUGGUUUUGAUAUGACCGAUAUCUAUUUAAUCUUUUGUACAAACUCAGCAUGUUGCCGGGCACCUUUUUCUCAAUAAUAACAAUUUUAUCACCAACAACUUUAGUCAUAGACAUUCCAAUGCCAAAAGUAGUAUCAGCCAAGAUUUGUUACCACAAUUAAUUAUUGGGUGGAAAGGGAGGCAAUUCCAACAUGAUAUUGACAUGACAUUAUUAAUAGCAUUCCAACUAUUAUGCAUAUCAUAAUUCAUACUUAUUUUUAAUGAGCAAGUUAUUCCUUAGGUGCUUUAACUAAUAUAUGAUAUAUAUGUAUAUUAAUAUUCCUAAAUGUUUGCAUCAUGAAUUAAAAACACACUUUAAGUGUCGCGAAAAAAAUACAAGCAUUUAAUUUGUGUUAGCAAUGUGACAUCAUUUUUAUUUCACAAGAACUCGAAACAUUAUCGUUGCCAAAAUGAUAUUCAUCAAUUUCAAAAAGGUAAACAUUAAUUACUUUCAAACGUCACGAGAAUUCGUCAGACCUAGUAAUGUUUUACAAUAGUAGUACCUAUAUACUUAAUAUGAUGUAUAUGAUGGAUGUUUUUAAUCAUAAUAUUAAAAAAAAACAAAAAAAACACACUGUUACAUUCCCAAAAGUGAGACACUGUCAAAAUCUAAAAUCAGUUUCACAUAAGAUCUCGGUAGAAUAGUGAUUUAGGUAUGUGUUUGUUUUGUGAUUGUUACAGUGAAUAUUCAACAGUGUAGUGUAAAAUACUUAAUUAUUAGAUGGAUAAACAUUUCAUGUGAAAACGACGAUGUCUUAUAGAGUAUUGUUCGUUGUAAUGUGUUAUGAUGACAUUAUGUUUGUUCAAAAAUAAAAUAUUUUAUAAAAUUA